CCCAGGAGAGGAGACGCACACCUGCUGCGUCCGCACACACCAGCUAUAAAAAUAAAGCAUCUGGUUCGUUUACAUAGGUGUGGUCAUAGAGUUCGUUUAACUUUAUUCGAUUCGACCCGUCGUAGGUCAUAACCGAAAAGAGCUAGGACAGGUAGACGGGAAGUGAAGAAUGGCUCAGGUGUGUUUAACUGCCUCCAUCGUCGGUUUUCUCUGUUGUCUGUCGGUUCUAAACGCGUGUAAGUGGGACCUGGACACGGAGCUCGAGCAGGGUCUGGAUAUCAGCUCGUUUGAUAACGGCGCGGCUUACCUGGCUGACCAGCCGGAGAUCUCGGACGCAGAGCAGUGUCAGAAUGCUUGCUGUGAGAGGGACGACUGCCAGCUCGCUGUGAUCGGGACUCCGGCGGACGGCAGGCCAGAAUGCCGCUUGGUCAGCUGCAUGAAAGACGGCAAAGACGUGUGUGUUUUGACCCAGAGCACACAGUUUAAGGUGUACCGCAAGAUCCUGGAUAGCGCUGAUCAAAAAACUCAAAUCGCGGCCGAAGUUCGCUCUGUGAACACCACAGAUCACUGCCGUCUCCCAAGUGUGGUGGGAAAUUGCCGUGCAGCCUUCCCACGAUUUUAUUAUGAUGUCAUCAGUCAGACAUGCAAGCAGUUUGUCUAUGGCGGCUGUGGGGGCAACGAUAACAACUUUAACUCCCAGGAGGAAUGUGAGGCUUCCUGUAGUGGGGUGACAGCUUCACAUACACUCAUUACCGCGGGAAGUAGGGGUGCUGAGGGUGCUGCAGCCCCCCCUGGAGUGUCACCCACAAAAAAUGGGGGUGUUGGGGUACGUGGGAAGCCCAGACUUCAGUUAGAAGCGCCAUAUGACGUUGUUUCCAAGAUGGCAGUGGAUAACAUGCUCAGCACUGAAACAAACGUUAAAGAAACAUAA